AUGUCUCCAAAAUCAUCUCCACAAUUUGUGGAAAACAGCCUUCUGAUGAGGCUCCCAACCGAGAUCCUCAUCCAAAUCGUCAAAGAGUGCUCAAUAUGGUCAUUAGUAAACCUCAGAGAAACAAGCUGCUUCUUCCGCCGUCUUUCCGCUCCAAGCGUCCUCUACAACACGGUCAAAAACAGUUACGAAGACACCAUGUCACUCCUCUUCUAUGCGGCCAUGGCGAAGGACCAGAUGCUGGCGCUGAAGCUGUUGCGCAAUAUGAAAACUAUCGAGAUUGAUUUCGCCAGGCGUGCGGGGGAUACUACUGGGCCAACAAGGGUCGAGCUCAAAACAAUGCCGCCUAAGGAACAGCUGACGCACGUUCUUCGGGAUUCAUCGCUGUUGCUUUCUCGCCCGCGUAGAGUAGGAGGAACCGUAUGGUACACCGCGCUUGGAUGGGCUGCCGAGAAGCACCUCGUCUGUUUUAUGAAGUAUAUUUUCAGAAAGAACCCCGGGUGUGUUGAUGAUGUGGAUCACGAGGGGCGGACACCACUACACCAGGCAAUCAAAGCAGGCCGUGAAGAAUGGGCGGAGUGUCUCUUGGAGGAAUAUGGGGCCGACCCGAACUGCCAUGAGACGUCUGCCCUCAUCCUUGCUCUUAGUGAUCCUGAGAUAUCUAACCAGUUGGUCGCAAAGUUACUCUCGAAAGGCGCACUCCCGGAUACCAAGGUGCAGCUUAGGGGGAAGUUCUGGACCCCUCUCCAUGCUUCUGCCGCUUAUCGUGACGUAGCAGUGGUUCAAAUGAUCCUCGACCACCAGGUGGACCUCGAUCCAAGGCAAGGGGACCAGGUAAGGAGUAGCACUCCACUUCAUCUUGCCGCUCUUCGAAAGGGGGGAGCCGAAAUUGUCAGGACACUACUUCGGUCUGGCGCCGAUUAUACUUUGGAGAACGAGCAGGGAAAGAACGUCUUUGCAUGCUUGGAGAGAUCAGGAAAUCCGGCCGUUAUUGAUCUUCUGGAAAUCAUGUACCAAAGUGGUUAUGAAUUAACCCCCGGCAAGCGCACAUACAUUCACCUCGCUGUUCAACACGGCGCACUGGAGGUGUUGAAAAAGUGCAUCAAGGACGGCGGAGAUCUUGAAAUUGAAGACGGCCAUGGCCACCGCCCGCUGUACACGGCCAUCAAGUUUCAGCAAACCAAAGCCGCGAUGCUGCUCACUGAGGCGGGGGCGAAGGAGGACUACUUGAUGCACAAACACGGAACUUCUCUACUCCACUUUGCCGCCACUAUUCCCGGCCUCGAGUUCUACAAGGAAUUACUGAACAAGGGGUCCAGGCUCCCGUUCAGCGUGGAUCGCAAGGGAUUUACGCCGAUUGCUAUUGCGGCCUGGGCUAUGGAACACCCUGGGCGUAGACAGAAGGGCUGGAAGCUAAGGGACGGGGAGAGGGAGGCGCUCCUGCUGGCGAAAGUCAAUGAGAAGCAGAGGGAGCUGGCUAAGGAGGCUUCUGAUGUCGGGGCGAAGCUUGGGACCAUCUGGGAUGUCGGCGGGGAGUACGUGUGGGACAAUGAGGAGCUCGAUGAAGAAGAGGAAGGAGAUGAAAGUGAGGACGUGUGGUACGAUUAG